GUGUUGCUGGCGUUCGCCAACGGUCUGAACCAGCUCUACUUCUACUACGAGACAAAGGCCUCAGACGAGAAUGGCAAGUGUAAAGGCAUCCGCUGUGUCGAGCAGAACAACGCUUUCUCCACGUUGUUUGAGACUCUCCAAUCUCUGUUCUGGUCUAUCUUCGGUCUGAUCAGUCUGUACGUGACUAACGUAGAUGCGGACCAUCAGUUUACAGAGUUUGUAGGGGCCACCAUGUUUGGAACCUAUAAUAUAAUCUCCCUGGUGGUUCUACUGAACAUGCUGAUCGCCAUGAUGAACAAUUCCUAUCAACACAUCGCUGACCACGCAGACAUUGAGUGGAAGUUUGCAAGGACCAAGCUGUGGAUGAGUUACUUUGAGGAGGGGGGUACUCUACCUUCUCCCUUCAAUAUCGUACCCAGCCCCAAGUCAGUGUGGUACCUGGUGUGUUGGACCAAGAGACAUGUCUGUAGAUGCCCCACUCCAAACCAACUGACACCUUCGGCACCCUGGGGACGAGAGCAGCAGAGAAACCUGAGGAGAAACCGCCAGUACCAGGAGGUGUUGAGGAACCUGGUGAAGCGAUAUGUAGCAGCCAUGAUCAGAGAUGCUAAAACAGAGGAGGGGUUGACUGAGGAGAACUUUAAGGAGCUGAAACAGGACAUCUCUAGUUUCCGUUACGAGGUGAUGGGGAUGAUGAAGACAGGUAAACCUGGUCUGGGAGGUCCGGGGGGUGUUGUUGGGGGGGGUUCGGGGGGGUCUGGGCUGAAGAACAACAAGAAGACACUGUUCACCGUAACCGCCUCCAUCAUCCAGCAGGGCGGCGCCACAGCCUCCUCUCCUCGGCUCCCAGACGCACUUGCCUUCAACGGGCUGAGGCUGGCUAACGGCCUGGCCCCCUGCCCGCCGAUGGUGGUUCCUCUGCAAGCUCCAGAGACAAGCUGGAUGGGGGAGACAGGGGAAUCGGACGGGGAGGGACGGAAGGGGGAGGCAGGGGAAUCGGACGGGGAGGGACGGAAGGAGGAGGCAGGGGGUGAGGAGGGCAAGGGACUGUUGGAGGAUAGAGAGAAGGAGGAAGAGGAGGAGGAUGGAGUGAAGGAGGAAGAGGCCAAUAAAG